UGUAGACUUUACCUACCUUCUCUAUAAAUUCCAUUACUAAACUCAUCUUCCUCCUCUACCGACACCACUCUCUAGAAGAACAUGGUACAAUCAAAGAAGUUCAAAGGUGUCAGACAACGCCAGUGGGGCUCUUGGGUUUCUGAAAUUCGCCACCCUUUGCUGAAGAAAAGGAUAUGGCUCGGAACAUUUGAGACAGCAGAGGAAGCAGCAAGAGCAUAUGAUGAAGCAGCAAUCUUGAUGAAUGGUCAAGUUGCAAAAACAAACUUCCCAAUAGUGAAGGAGAAUCAUGUUAACAACAGUAAUGACAAGAAAUUCCCCUUAUCUUCUUCAUCAACACUGUCCACUGUGCUCAAUGCAAAGCUGAGGAAAUGUUGCAAAUAUCCAGCACCUUCCAUGACCUGUCUGAGGCUCGAUAACGAUAAUUGUCAUAUUGGAGUAUGGCAAAAAAGAUCAGGAAAAAAUUCAGGUUCUAAUUGGAUAACAAAAAUUGAGCUUGGGAAGAAGGAGGAGCCUCAUCAAAGCCAUGAGAGUAUGAAUUCUUGGUCUCUAUCAUCAUCCUCUGGUUUUACAUCCUCUUCAUCUUCUUCUGAACUUGGAAUAAGUAAGCCAUUGGAUGAAGAAAACAGAGCUGCUAUGCAGAUGGUUGAAGAGCUACUCUAUUGGAAUUCUCCAUUUUCUUCUGCACCUAUUAGUGAUCUCUCUCCCUCUUUUUCCAACUCUAAGUGAUAGCAAAUGUGGGAUGUAGUACAUAGUUAAUUAGGUACCCU